UAACAUAGAAAGAUGUGCUCGUUCAGGUCCUAAAUGCUUCAAACUAAUUAUAAAAUGUUCUUUGUGUUCAUGGUGUUCCAACGCCAGAGGGAGACAUUGCCUUAAAUAAGGCAACUUCUCUGUUUGUGUAACCAUGACAAUGGUAUCCAUGAUGACCACACAAUUUCUCUGCGCACCUCAGUUUGUUAUGUUCUAGUUUUAACAUAUCAAUUUCAAGAGAAAAAACGAGCCACACUUCUGUGGAUCGUAUGCCUGUUCUGUGCUACAUAACUGCUGCACUGUCGUCCCCUCAAACCAGCUUUUAGAGUUGGGGCAGCUGCUGGACCAUGGAUGAACACAGAGACCGCAGCGGUGACAAGAUGCUAAAGUCUAGUGCUGCCUUCAAGACAUUUCUGAUGAAAAACAGCCAAAAAAGCAACAUGAAUCUCUACGAUCACUUGACUCGCUUGUUGCUGAAAGUGAUGGAUGAACAGCCAAAUGAUGCUGUGGAUAUUUUUGAAGAUUUGAGCUAUGACGUGAAGCGAGGUUUGUUUGAGGACACAAAAAACAGACUCAGAGACCUUCCACACACCACAUUGGCCGAGCUGCUGGCUGAGCAACAACGACUGCUGUUUACUCAGCAAGAAGACACAGAGCAUGAGGAUGAGCUGGUUGAAUCACCUCUUCCCAAUAUAAAUGAGAUUGGCUUUUACCUUGAACAAGCUGGGGUGGGUCUGGGCAGAGAAGAGAUGCAGCGGAUUUUCCUUGCCUUAAAGCAACUUGUUGACUCUCAGCCUCUUAUCCUGCACUGUCGACUUUGGGGCAAAAUCCUGGGAACACAAAGCAACUAUAUUGUUGCUGAAGUUGAGUUCAAAGACUGGGAUAAUGAGAACGAGAAAAGUGACCAAGCAGCUGAGGAGGAGCAGAAUGAGGCCCGGGAGAGUGAAGAGAAUGAGAUGGAUCAACUUCCGCAGUCAACCUACAAACCCCCGCCAGUAGUGCCAAAGGAGCCAAUGGGAACCGGUUCCAACAAAAAUGUCUACUACGUUUGUAAAGAGCCGGGUCUUCCAUGGGUGAAGCUCCCAUCAGUCACUCCCGCACAGAUCACUGUUGCUCGUCAGAUCCGUAAAUUCUUUACUGGCAGGUUGGACUCACCCAUUAAGAGCUAUCCUCCUUUCCCUGGGAAUGAAGCCAACUACCUGAGAGCACAGAUUGCCAGGAUCAGUGCAGGAACACACGUCAGCCCCCAAGGUUUUUUCCAUGUUGGGGAAGAAGAAGGUGAGGAGGAAGAUGAGGCACCACGGGACAGCUAUGAAGUGAAUCCUGAUUUUGAUGGUGUUCCUGUCAGUGAGAUGGUUUUGUCUUUGUCCAUGUGGGUCCAUCAUGUACAGCACAUCCUGAAACAGGGUCGUUGCUCUUGGAUAAACCUGGCAGUAAAACCAGAAGAAGACCAGAAUGAGGAGGGAGAGGCUGAGGAGACAGAGGAGGAGCCUGAUGAGCCUGAGCCAGAAGUUGGGCCUCCACUACUCACUCCCCUUUCCCAGGAUGCAGAGAUGUUUAAUACUCCUCCCUGGAGCACCAAGAUAUCCUCCACACUCACCUCGCAGCAUGCAGUAGCUGUAUUGCGCUCUAACCUCUGGCCAGGAGCAUAUGCAUAUGCAUGUGGAAAAAAAUUUGAGAACAUAUACAUUGGAUGGGGUUUGAAAUACACUGGACAAGGAUACAGCCCACCUUUACCUCCGCCUCCACAAAAAGAAUAUCCAAGUGAACCAGAAGUCACUGAGGCUCUGGACCCAACCGUUGAGGAGGAACAGGUCCUGGAAGACGCUCUGGAAGAACAGCAGGCUGCACCAGAGGAAAUGGAGAACACCGAUGAAGAAGAGGAAGAGGAGGAGGAACAGGAGUUAGACAAUGACUGAGGAAAAAAAUAUGUUGUUGUUUUUAUGUCAUUCUUUUAUAUUGUCUUUCUAAUAAACAUGUAUAAUGCAUCCUGAAUGAGUUUUUGAUUCAACUUUUGAUAGAAAUUAUUGAGCUAUAGUAACUAAAGAAGAAUCUUCUAGUAA